CCGCACCGGCGACCGGCGUCAUCUAGAAAAAUCAAAAACGUCAACGAGAACGAGAAGUAGAAUUUUUUCGUAGUCAGCCAUUGUAAUUUUAACUUUGCUUUGUAAUAAAUAAUUAGAGCAUUUAUAUUAAUUUAAUCUUUACCUAAAAAUGGGUGUUGACGUCGAUACUAUUACACCAGGCGAUGGUUCGACAUAUCCCAAGAAAGGCCAGACUGUGGUAGUUCACUACACUGGUACAUUAACAAAUGGAAAGAAGUUUGACUCCUCGCGUGACCGUGGCAACCCCUUUAAGUUCAAGAUUGGCAAAGGCGAAGUUAUCAAAGGCUGGGAUGAAGGUGUUGCUCAGAUGUCCGUCGGUGAACGUGCCAAACUAACCUGCAGCCCUGAUUAUGCUUACGGCCAGCAGGGACAUCCAGGUGUCAUCCCACCAAACUCAACCCUCAUUUUUGAUGUGGAACUUCUCCGUCUUGAAUAAAUUAUUUUACUUUAGGGGUCUUUAUACUUUGUUUACUUAAUGUUGUCACUGAUAGAUUGUAUAAAACCUACAUCUUUGUAAAACUGAACAGCUGGAGUUGAUCAUGCCAAACUCUAUUGACUAAGUGUUUUUACUUCUAGUAUAUUCUGUUCAUAUCUCAAAACUUGCACAAGCCUCAGUGUUAACCAAAUGUAAUAUGAUUAUUUUUUACUAAUUUCAGAUAUAUUAAGAUUAUAUGCACAUUUUCGUGUUUUCAAAAUGGAAGUUUAGAGACCCCAUAUUUCAUGUCACAUUUAGAUAAUAGUUUCAUAUUACUAAUAAAUCACCUAUUUAGAGAAAUGUCUCUAUUAGUGUUCAGUCAUAAAGUUAACUCACUUAAGCUAAGGGACUUCUUGCAAUUGUAUGUAAUAUUAUGAUGCAUUUUUUACUAUAUUUUUGUCACAUUUCUGUUUUACAUUCCACAAAGCAUUUUUGUGUCAAUUGAGGCCCAUAUUUUUUUAAAACUGUUUUUUACUUGAGCUUUCUGUAUUGUGAGACUAUCAAACUACCAGCAGUUUGCAUAAUUUAAAAUUUGUAACCUGAUAGAUACAUAAUUGAAAAGCUAUACUUAAUGUAAAACUGAAUAAAAUGUCAUCUAACA